AUGUGUUGUGUGUUGCAGUGUUGUGUUAGUGUGUUGCAGUGUUGUGUUGUGUUGUGUUGGUGUGUUGCAGUGCUGUGUUGUGUGUUGCAGUGUUGUGUUGGUGUGUUGCAGUGUUGUGUUGGGUGUUGCAGUGUUGUGUUGUGUGUUGCAGUGUUGUGUUGGUGUGUUGCAGUGCUGUGUUGUGUGUCGGACGCAGCUGAGCAGCAGCAGCAGCAGGAGCAGCAGCAGCAGCAGCAGGAGCAGCAGCAGCAGCAGCAGCAUCAGAAGCAGCAGCAGCAGCAGCAGCAGCAGCAGCAGCAGAAGCAGCAGCAGCAGCAGCAGCAGCAGCAGCAGCAGCAGCAGCAGCAGCAGCAGCAGCAGCAGCAGCAGCCGGAGCAGCAGCAGCAGCAGCAGGAGCACAUCAGAACCUCUCCGGACCUGCGAGCUCUCGGUGCAGCCUCCGACGCUGUGGGAACCCAAUGUGAGGAUGACAUGUUCUGUAAAGUGGACCAGUACUUCCAACCCACUCUGUACAUUGUGGUGAUCGUGCUCGGGCUGCCCACCAACUGCAUGGCUCUGUGGGCCGCGUACCUGCAGGUGCGGCAGAGGAACGAGCUGGGUGUGUAUCUGAUAAAUCUGUCUGUGGCGGACCUGCUGUACAUCUCCACCCUCCCGCUCUGGAUCGACUACUUCCUGCAGCGCGACGACUGGAUUCACGGCCAGGAGAGCUGCAAACUAUUCGGCUUCAUCUUCUACACCAACAUCUACGUGAGCAUCGCCUUCCUGUGCUGCAUCUCGCUGGACCGCUUCCUGGCUGUGGCCUACCCUUUGCGCUUCGCCAAAGUGCGCCGCGUCAAGACAGCCAUGCUGGUCAGCGCAGUGGUGUGGAUUAUCGAGAUUGUGGCAAACUCUGCUCCGCUGUUCCAUGAUGAGCUGUUCCAGGACCGCUUCAACCACACAUUCUGCUUCGAGAAGUACCCAAUGCAGGACUGGGUGGCAGGCAUGAACUUGUACAGGACGUUUCUGGGCUUCCUGGGCCCUUGGACUGCCAUGCUGGUGGCGUAUCGUGGAAUUCUGGCGGCAGUGCGCUGUAAUGUGUCCACAGAACAGCAGGAGAAGGCAAAGAUUCAGCGUCUGGCUCUGAGCCUCAUCCUCAUUGUGCUGCUGUGCUUUGGACCGUACCAUGCUCUGCUGCUGGUGCGCUCCGUCAUGUUCCUGAGAAGACCAUGUGACUGCAGCUCUGAGGAGAGCCUGUUUGCUGCGUACCAUGUGUCUCUGGCCCUCACCAGUCUGAACUGUGUGGCAGACCCCAUCCUCUACUGCUUUGUAAAUGAGGGAGCGCGCAACGACGUGGGCCGCGCCCUCAUGACUUUACUGUCUGCAGCUUUCCACAGAGGCUCCGCCUCCUCUCCCUCUAACGCUGACAUCAUCACAGGCUCUGUGACCAUAGACACACCUCUGUCCACCAGGAAAUAUGCUUGUGUGUUCACUGAUACUGACAAAAACAACAGCUAUAAGACCGAGCUGGUGGCUUUGAAACAGGAGUGUCUGCAGAUGACCAUCCUCAGAAAAGCACAGGCUAAAACUGCAUCCAUCUCCGAUGGAAACGAACUUCUCGGAAAUGCAUGCGGCUGGUUCCAGGAUGGGGACAUCAUGACUGUCCUCCUGUAG